CUCGGCCAAAUCCGCUCGAAAAUGGACUCAAAAACGCUCAAAGAGUGCUUCAUAAAGCCGCUGACGGACCGCCAUCCGCCCAUCCGGAUCGACACCGAGCGCAAGUUCAUCGGGCGAAGCCCGGAGACGCAGAUCCAGGACCCGUGCUGCUCCCGGCAACAAGUUUGCUUGAAGGCCAAUUUACCCGGUGGUUUCGUGUUGGUCAAAUCGCUUGGGUCGAACCCGUCGGUGCUGAACGGGAAGCAGCUGGAGAAGGAUUUGGGCUAUGAGGCUUACGACGGGGACAUCUUGGAGUUGCUGCCGGGGAAUCACCAGUACACGUUUGAGUUUAAGUUUGAGGAGAAGAAGGUUAAGCCGACGAAGGAAAGGAAAGACUCGAAAAAAGAGGAGCGGGUGAAGAAGGACUCUAAAAAGGAGGAAAAGCGUGAAUCUCACAAGAGGAGCCUGUCCAAGGAUGAGAAACGUGACGAUGGUGAGUCGGGGGAGAAGAAGUCGAAGAAGCGGAGGGAGGAGCGCACCGGAAGUAGUUCCAGUUCCGCCAGUGUUGAGAAGGUUAGCAACGGCGGUAGUUCGAAGAAGACGUUGGUGCCUACCAAAGAGUGCAAAUGGGAGGAUUUAGACGGGAAGCAGUUGUACAUUUACACGAGCAAAGAUUUGGUAGCGUCGGAGAAGGUUGCGUCGUAUGACAUGGACGGAACGCUGAUCAAGACCAAAUCGGGGAACGUGUUUCCUAAGACGAUCGACGAUUGGCAGAUUGCUUUCCCCGAAGUACCUGGCAAGUUGAAGACGUUGCACAAAAACGGGUUCAAGAUUGUCAUAUUUACAAAUCAAGCUGGAAUCUCGAAGGGAAAGUUGAAGAUCGAGGAGUUUCGUACGAAAAUAGAAGCUCUUCAGGCGAAGCUGAAUUUGCCGAUGCAGGUUUUCAUUUCAACCGGAAAGGGCAAGUAUCGGAAGCCGCUGACGGGAAUGUGGGAAACGCUGUGUCAGCUGAAAAACGACGGAGUUAAGGUGGACAAGGCGCGCAGUUUCUACGUCGGUGACGCUGCCGGUCGUCCUGAGGUGAAGAAGCCGGUGAAGCGAAAAAAGGACCAUUCUUGCGCGGAUCGGUUGAUGGCGCUGAACGUUGGAAUUCCGUUCCUCACGCCAGAAGCACACUUCCAGAACGCCAAGGAGGCCGACUGGGUCAAACCGGAGUUUGAUCCGCGAGUUGCCCUCGAAAAACGUCAACAACUCGACCCUCCGGGCAGCAAACUUACCUCUUCCCAGCAGGAAGUGAUCGUAAUGGUUGGUUUCCCGGGUUCCGGCAAGAGUCACUUCGCCCGGGCGCAACUCGAAUCGAAGGGCUACGUUCACAUCAACCGAGAUGCGCUGGGGUCGUGGCAAAAGUGCGUCUCGCUGCUCGAUAGUACGCUGAAGAGUGGAAAGCGAGCCGUCGUGGACAAUACCAAUCCGGACGUGGACAGCCGAAAGCGGUUUGUGGAGCUGGCAAAGAAGCGGAACGUGCCCUGUCGGUGCUUUGUCAUGGGCGCCACCUACAAGCAGUCCCGGCACAACAACGUGUUCCGCGAGUUGACGGAUCGAUCGCAUUCGUCGAUCAACGACAUGGUGUUCAAUAUGUACAAAUCGAAAUACCAAGAACCUGCCCUCUCGGAAGGAUUCGACGAAAUAGUUAAGGUAAAUUUCGUUCCCAAAUUCGAGUCUGAAGCUGACGAAAAACUGUACAAGUUGUACCUGUUGGAGAGUUAAGUUGAAUUUUACGUUAAGUUUUAAAUUGUAUUUAUAUCGAAGAAUCACUGAACAAAUUACGAAA